AUGGCGGUGAUUCCGAAGGCGGGUGAGGUCUUUCACAGCGAUGACGGCAGUGUCUCGGUGGUGCUUCCAGAUCCCUGCGACUCGAGUAGUGUGCCCACGCAGGAGGAGAUAGAGGAGUAUGCGGAGUGGCUCGGAAUUGAUUUGGAGAAGGAGCCAAGUCUUCUUUGGGUUGCACGGGAGGGGCUGCGGACGCCGCUGCCGGCAGAGUGGAAGGCGUGUCGCACAGGCGAAGGCGAAGUGUAUUACUUCAACUUUUUAACCGGCGAGAGCAAGUGGGAGCACCCCACGGAUGAAGCUUUUAAGGAGAAGGUGAUGGAGGAGCGUGCGAAGCUGAUGACCGGCGGGGCCGGUUACGGAAAGGCAAAGAAGCGAAACAAAUCCUCCGCCACGGCAGGAAGGGGUGAGGAAGGUGCCGAGGUACGGCGUCUGGAGAAGGGGGCGGCGGGCCACGUUGAGACCCCAAAGAAGUCCGUUAAGGGGACAAAAACGACCACCUCCACGACACCGAUGUCAUCGCCGUACACGUCGCCCAUGACCACAGUUUUGACAGCCUCUGCCAUGCGAUUUGGUCGGCUGGGGGCUUUGGGAACUCCGGCGGCAACGCAGCGCGUUGCCCCGGACGUGAGUGGAUUGCUGGCGUCGAGUAGCACCGGCGAACGCGCGCUCACCCGGUUUGGCUUCGGUGGGAGCAACACGAGCACGAGUAGCAGCAUCGGCCUGGCGGCUGGGGGGCUCGGCGUCGGUAUCGCUGCAGGGAAAUCGUUGUUAACAAAAACCCACGAUGGUGUGAAGGGGAUGGAGGUACAAAUCCGCCGGCGCAUCGACGACGACAUUGAGGCCCGCCGACGCGCCAUGCGGAUACGCCAUGAGAAGCAAAUCAUGGACGAGCGUGCCUUGCUGGAGAAGGCGCUGCAGGACGCGAAGGAAACCGGCGAAGUUGCGGUGGCGGAGGCGCGAGAACGACAGGCCGAGGAGUUGAAACGACGCGCCCAGGCUGAGCUGGAAUCUUUGCAACAAACACUAGAGAAGCAACAUGCGGAGGCGAGGGCGCGUGUGGCGUCGCUCCGACAGAAGCUGGAGCAGGAGCAGACGUCGUUGGAAGGUGCCUUGCAGGAACGCCUGAAGGAGGUGCGGAACGAGAUGCAACGCCGCCGUAUUGAAAGUGCAACGACGCAGCGUGAGGUGGCGGCGGCGACGUUGGCAAAGGAGAAGGCGAGACUCUCAGAAGACCUCGCGCGGCAGUUGGAGGCAGAGGUAACCAGGCUAGAGCGUGACAGUAAAACGACCCUGGAGGCGUUUGAAAAGAGGCUUGCGGCCGAGCGGGCCAAAUUGGAGAAGGAGCUUGACGAGAAGGAGAAAGAACAAGGCGGCAGUGACGCGUCCAGUAAAGCGGCAGAGGCCGCGGUGCAGCGGGCGUACGAGGCGGCACUGCAGAGGGCAACAAGCGCCGCUUCAGACGCCAUGGACGCCUUGCGUCACGAGUACCGCGCCAAGGAGGAUGCUCUGCAGGCUGAAAAACAAAGAAAGCUUCAGGCGAAGGAGGCAUCCGCAGUGACGGCAUCCCCGGUAAAUGCGAAACAUGACGACGAACUCAAGCGCAGGGAGGAGGAGGCGGCGGCGGAGGCGGCGAAGCUUGAGCAGGCAUUGAAACAAAAGGUCGCGCAGUACGAGCUGGAAACCCAGCGGCUGGUGGCGGCGAAGCAGGCGGAGGUGAAUAAAGCGAGGCCAUCCGGUGGUGAUACGGAGAAUAGAGAGCAUAUCAGCAGCAUCAGCAACAACAACAAUAUUGCCAAAGCAGGACGCCCGACGAUGACGGCUGUGCAGGAGCAACGAGAGUUUGAUGAUGCCUUGCAGCGUCUAGAGACGAAGCACGCCCAAUCAAUGGAUCGGAUUCGACGCGAGCACGAACGGAUCUUGCAGGAGAAGAAGCUCUUUAACCCACGUCAGUCGCCUGGCUACGCAGAAAGGCUACAGGAGGAACAGGAGCUGUGGUUGAAGGCAAACCCGCCACCGGAUUUGACGAUGCCACAACUGGAGCCCGUUCCGACCUUCUCUGGAUUGAUGAAUGCCUCUCCAGCGCCUAUGCUGAACAAGGCGGACCAGCAGAAACGGGUUGACAUUGCUGUCAUGGACGCAAAGGAAAAGAGGACGGUUGACGAUGAAAAUAAAUUGGCGGAAGUGGAGUUGAUGCUAACAAAGGAGGUGAAGGAGGCGGUGACUGCAUAUCGUGAGGAGCGGCUGCGGGAGGUUGAGGCGAGGCUCGCGCAGUAUCAAGUGAGGCAGGCGGAGGAGUAUCGGCAGCGGCUUGAUCAAACGGCCUCCACCAUCACGGAGGGGGUGAAGGCGCUCGCCACACGGCAGUCAUCUCCGUGGGAUACGGCAGCAACGGCAGAGUCACUAUCUCGAGUACCUCAGCCAGACGGAAACACUGAGAAUGUGGCACUGCGGAUAAAUGAAGUGAGUGUUGAGGAGGCUCAUAGGCGUGAGGAAGAACUGCGACAGCGCUUGCAAGGACGUAUUGAGACACUCGAAGCGAUGACACGGGGCGCACGGGCAGCGUUGCGACAACGGCAGGAUUAUGCUCAGAGAAGGACUCGAACUCCAACUGCUGCGACGCCUACCAAUACGACCAAUGCGACCAAUACACCUGUUGCAUCUAAACUACCUCCUACUGUGCCAAUAGAUGCAUUCUUUUCAGGACGUCAGGAACAACAACUCACCCCGGGCCCUUUGCUGCAGCCGCAGCCGCAAACCCACUGUUCCUUGACGUCUGUGUUAAAUGGCACCUUGUCGAGUAUAGCUCCUGUCAACAGUUUGUGGAGCAGUGCACGACCGAGCCCGAUGAAGCAGCAACCUUGGCUUAAUGCGGGUAACGCGGUCUCGCCUGUCUCUUGGCAUGAGAAACAACCAGCGUUGGGGCAAGACAGCAAUGAUGAUCAACUUUUGCAUCCUUUGCUGUCGAAGCAAAAUUGUGUCUUAGAAGAUCGCCUGCGUCGUGCGAGUUUAUUGCUGGCAGAGAGGAAGGAAAAGUUACGUGCUCAGCAUGUAAGUAUGAUGCAGGCCCGUGAGACGUGGCGGCAGGACAUGGCCAAGUGUCGUACUCAGCGGGACCGCAACCACGCUUUGCUCUUGCGAGAGGUCAAGGUGGUGCUGGAAGAGAAGGCUAGGCAACUCAACCGUGAGACGUUGGAAGUUAAGCAGGCCACUGUCUGGCUACGCAAAUGCAUGGCGGAGCACAAAGCAAGGCUACGCCCCCAACCUGCACGCCACAUCUCCGCUGAAGACGUGAUUGUGGCCGGCAACACCACGGCCACUACCUCAUGUCACAUUAUUUCUAUGCUGGAGGGCCUUCUUGCGCGCACGGAGCUGCUAGAAUCGUAUGUGACAGCAAAGAAGCAACCGGACACGAAGCCCUUGCAUCAGACGCGGCAUCGUUCAGUUUCGCCAGGGAAGUGUCACUGGUACCACCAGUAG